GGCUGCAGCGCAUUUUACAACUUUAAAUUUUGAAGGUCGAAAGCAACGACCGAAGUAGAUUGAUGUUCAGUGGAUUUUCUGUGUGAGUAUGAGUUACAAUGCCGGCGAGACGUGAUUCUACUACACCAUUAUAUAUAUCGAGGGAGUCGGUUGUGGAAAUACUCUCAUCAGAUCCUAUCAUAAAGGCGUACUCGUUAUCAGUCGCGACUCCUCAGACCGCAGCUCUUUUCAAAAUCAAUUCAUUUUUGGAUUCUCUUCUUUGCGAGAUACUUCUCAGCUCUGAGACUCUGAGCAUCGAUAGUCUCAGAAGCUCGGUGACUGAUAUUCUUGACAACCACCUUGGUUACGAUGCUGUAUUGGAAGGGGACAGUCGGUUGCAUUGCAUCAAAGAGGAUGUGACGCGCGAGGAACAGAUGAUUAUCGACUCCCAUACGACCAUGUCAAUCUCGAUAUCUAAUUCAGAGUUCCUGUCACGUGUAACACGGGCACGUUGCAUGAGCUUUUCUUGCUAUGGAUCAUGGGGGGCUGCAGAUGUCCCAUCCCAAGACCGACUGUUAGACGGAGGCCAACUCACUCGCGUGGUUUCUCUACUGGCGGCCGCUUACUUAACCUCAAUUAUUGAAGUAGUCGCAGAGAAUCUCUUACUGGUAGCUGGAAGAUUGGCCGUUUACAGAUGCACGGCUUUGCAACAAUCACAAACUCCCGCAGUCGUGAGUCUCGAGUCUAGAGAUCUCGACGGCUUAAAUGCGGAUAUCAAUCUGAAAGAGGCGUGGAACAGAUGGAUUCAUGGAGAAAGUAAAGCCGUUACAACUGAGACAAAUCCAAUGGAACGAUACAGCUCCAUUGUCAUGGAGUUAUCAGAUGAUCAGGAAUGCAAUGCCCCUAUACCGCGAGACCCUGCUGGACGGCGGUUGAGCAUUCACGAGCUCUCGACUCCUUACGCACUCACUGAGGCUUACCAAAAUCGGGCGACGAAUUCGGUCGAUAAAGAAGACCAGCCAAUGGAAUUUAAUGCUUCACCAAUUCUUAUGAAGCUGCUUCGACGGGCACAUAUAUCCCGGCCAUUCAGUCAGAUACAAAAUCGCCGGUCCCUAUACGAAAGUUACGUGUCUAUUAUACCACGUAAAUCAGUCCGUACAGUAUCAACUGCAACAUUUUUGAACUUUGCCAAUGGGAAAGCCAGACGUCAAGAAAAUAGGAAAACUAGUGCUGUGAUCUCAACUAAUAAUGGCGAGCUUGAAAGGAAUGUAACGCCGAUAGGAAUGCACUCUCCCGCCCAAAGUACGAAUGAGAGGGAAAGUCUAACGUUCGCUAAGAACUGUCGGGACUCGGGUAUCAGUGACAGUCCGCCUGCAGUUCCAAAUCGUUUAGUGAAACUGGAACAGCAAUCCAAGGAGAGUUCCUUAUGCGUUGGAGAGCUUGAUAGGACACAUAUACCUGAGCUUUCUGUCACAGUUCCUUCUAUUAAGGUUCGAAAGUUCACCUGGAUCUCGGAAUAUCAGCAACACAACGACGAGAGUCGACCUAAACUAAGACAAGUUUCAAUCGGAGAGGAGAAUACUUCUGAGUCCAAUAUUGAAUCGAUCACAUUUGACCGGAUCUUGAACGAUAACACUACCUACAAGCUAAACUUGACACCAGAUAAAUUCCGUGAAACAAACCGACCGGCACGUAUGCCGACACGAGUAUCGCAAGACGAGCAAUUUAAAAAAAUCCCAAGAAAGCCGGACGCCAUAUACAAUCAAGAUCACGCCUCAAAGACGGAGGAUGAUAAGGAACAGCAUUGCUUGACUACAAAGCUUCCGUCAGUACCUGAGGGCAAGUCAAGCGACCAAAAGACCAGUCUGAGGCCGAACGAGAUACCAGAUGAUUCCUCGGGAGGCGUGCAUCAGGAGACGUAUAUGCGAGCAGCAGAUGUGCAAACGCCAGAUGUGCGAACGGCAGACCUGCAUCCAUUGACGCCCCAGAAUUUGCGCAAAGUCAAAUCUAGAAGCAAGCUGCGUGGACUCCUGGGAAAAAAAAACUUUUCCUAGGUUAAUUCCCUGCUACCUUCUUUAAUGGUUGAGUAGCCGUUUGAACGCAGUUGUGGAGGAAGAGUACUUAUUAAGAAAGGGAAUAGACUGACAAUCAGGUAAACUGAGAUCUCUAAUAUACCAACGAUGAUUAAAUCAGGAUAAUAGCA